UUCGUGCAGAUUUCUCUCGGGACAAUAAAAUUCUCCACAUUUUCUGCACUCCUUUCCUGAUCUCUCUCUCUCUCUCUCAGUACAAACACAAUGGGCGUGUUCACUUUUGCGCAGGAAUUUGAGUCGCCAAUCUCUCCAAGCAGGCUCUUCAAAGCCCUAAUGCUCGAUAGCCACACCCUUCUCCCCAAGCUCAUGCCCCAAUCCAUCGAGAGCAUCGAGUUCUGCGAAGGCCAUGGCGAGGUCGGGAGCAUCAAGCAGACCAACUUUGCUCAAGGGUGCUUGAUCAAAUACGCAAAGCACCGGAUCGAUGAGCUAGACGUGAAGAACUGCCGCUGCAAGUACAGCCUGAUCGAGGGUGACAUAAUCGAUGAGAAGCUCAAGCGUGUGGAGUACGAGGCCGAGUUUACAGAUGAUGGGCAUGGUGGGUGCAUAUGCAAGAUAUCGAGCAAUUAUUGCUCGGACCUGGAUAUCGAGUUCAGGGAUGAGGACAUAGAGUUUGGCAAAGAUAGAGCCACGGAAGUGUACAGGGUUAUUGAAGCCUACUUGUUGGCAAAUCCUAAUGCUUGUACUUAGCUAUGUGAAUCCAUCAUUGGCCGAUGGCAGUCGGUUGCUUUUGUAUGUUGUACGCAAUCAAAAUGAACAUCCAACUUCUGCAAAGCACCUAAUAUCUAGCAACAAGAGAGAUCAUACAAUUAGAACUUCGAAAGAUAUACGUGUUUGUAGGCAGCUAGCAGACCUAUCGAUUAUUUUCAGAA